UCUGGACUGGGGAGGCUCUGCUACUUACUCCAGAGGGAGACGCGCUGCGGAGGAGGAGCACCGGCAGGAGAACAUUUCAGGGCAGCAAUAGGUCAAGUGCUGAGAAAGAUGAGUCUCAAGAUUGAUUUGGAAACAAACUAUGCAGAGCAUGUUCUGGAUGUAGGAAAAAUCAUCCUUGGGAUCCAGCAAAGGCAGGAAAUGAACCCUCAACUGCAGGAGAAACAGAAAGAAGUCAUCUUGCAAGCAAUAUGUGCUCUGCUGAAUUCUGGAGGGGGCAUCAUCAAGGCUGAGAUUGAGAAUGAAGGCUACGAUUAUGAAAGUCAUGGGGUAGGAUUAGAUCUGCCUCCAAUUUUCGGAAGCUAUUUAGAUGAGAUGCAGCAGGAAAACCUCUUCUUGAUUUUUGUGAAAUCAUGGAACACAGAGGCUGGUGUAAGACUUGCUACCUUGUGCUCCAAUCUGUACCGCCGACAGAGAGCGACUACUAAUGUCAUGGAUCCUAAGGAAGCUUUGGCAUUCCUCAAAGGCAGGACUCAGACUCUUAUGAAUUUUAAAAACUCCAAUUUGUUAAGAUCACAGGAAGCUCAGGGUAACAUAAAGGCUUUAGCUGCUGCUUUGUUUGAUAGGGAUCAGCUUCAGUACCUGGAAAAACUCAACUUUCCUGAGUCCAUACAUGUUGAAUUUAUAAUGUUUUCAGCACACGUGUCACAGUGUGUUAAAGAGAGACUCCCCAAGUGUGUUUCUGCAUUUGCAAAUACUGAAGGAGGAUAUGUAUUUUUUGGUGUGCAUAAUGAGACCUGUCAAGUCAUUGGAUGUGAUAAAGAGAAAAUAGACCUUACCACCUUGAGGGCUUCUAUUGAUGGCUGUAUUAAAAAGUUACCCAUUCAUCAUUUCUGCACUCAGAAGCAUGAGAUACAAUAUGCCAUCAAAUUCCUUGAAGUACAUGAUAAGGGGACCCUCCACGGAUAUGUCUGUGCGAUCAAGGUGGAGCAAUUCUGCUGUGCAGUGUUUGCCAAAGUACCUAGUUCCUGGCAAGUGAAGGACAACCAUGUGAGACACCUGGCCACAAAGGAAUGGGUUGCUUGGAUGAUGGAAGCCGACCCAGAUCUUUCCAGGUUUUCUGAGAUGGUGCUUGAGCUGAGUUUGUCAUCUGCCACACCUCACAGCAGGGCUGUGUGUGUUCAUAAGAAUUUGGGAUGUUUGGAAGAACAGCAGAAGCGUUACUUUCCAGUAUUUCCAGACCGAGUGGUGUAUACUCCAGAAAGCCUCUACAAGGAACUCUUCUUACAACAUAAAGGACUCAGAGACUUAAUAAAUACAGAAAUGCGCCCUGUCUCUCAGGGAAUACUGAUUUUUUCUCAAAGCUGGGCUGUGGACUUGGGUCUGAAAGAGAAGCAAGGAGUCAUCUGUGAUGCUCUUCUAAUUUCCCAGAACAACACUCCAAUCCUCUACUGUAUCUUCAGCAAGUGGGAUAUAGGGUGCAAAGGCUAUUCUCUGAUAGUCGCCCAUUCUUUGAAACAGAGACUGGUAAACAAAGGUGGCUACACUGGGAAAUUAUGCAUCACUCCCUUGGUCUUCCUGCUGAAUCCUGAUAGAACAACACAGACCUUUUACAGUUCAGAUUUGAAAAUUUACCCCGAGUCCUAUAUCCUUACGACCACCCAGUACAUGGAAGCCCUGUUACGGUCCCUUGUGAUAGUCUUGCUUGGGUUCAGAUCCCUAAGUAAAGAGCUGGGCUCUGAGGUUUUGAACCUGUUCACAGAUAAACAGUAUGAGUUGCUUUCAAAGAAUCUCCACAAGACCAGAGAACUGUUUGUUCAUGGCUUUCUUGGAUCAGGGAAGACUGUCCUGGCUCUUGGGAUCAUGGAGAAGAUCAGAAAUGUGUUUCACUGUGAACCAGGUGACAUUCUCUACAUCUGUGAGAACGAGCUCCUGAGAAAGUUGGUGAGUUUCAGUAAGAAAAACACCUGCCAGGCAGUUACCCGGAAAACCUUCAUGAAAAAUGACUUUGAACACAUUCAACACAUUGUCAUUGAUGAAGCUCAGAAUUUCCGCACUGAAGAUGGGAACUGGUAUAAAAAGGCAAAAUCAAUCACUGAGAGAGAAAAUAAUCCCCCAGGAAUUCUCUGGAUCUUUCUGGACUACUUUCAGACCAACCACUUGAGUUGCUGUGGCCUACCUUUGCACUUAACUCCAAGAGAAGAUCUCAUCAGAGUAAUCCGCAGCGCAGAUCCAAUAGCCGACUACCUACAGAAGGUAAUGCAAGAAAUCAAACAAAAUCCUCUACCUAACCUCUUACCUGGGUCCCUGGUGAUACAUCAUGAACCUAUAUGGGCUCAGGGUGUUCCAGGAAAUGUAGAGAUUACUGAGCACAGGAACUUGGAGGAGGUGUUGAUCUAUGUAGCAGAGAAAUGCCAGUUUCUCUGGAGGAAUGGUUAUUCUCCCAAAGAUAUUGCUGUGCUUUUCAGCAAAGCAAGUGAAGUGGAAAAAUACAAAGAUAAGUUUCUAACAGCAAUGAGGAAGAGAAAAAUGUCUCAGCUCAACCAGGAAUCUGAUUUGUUAAUACAAAUCAAGGAUGCUUCAGAUAUUCUCUCUGAUCACGUUGUGUUGGACAGUAUCUGUCGAUUUUCAGGCCUGGAAAGAAAUAUUGUCUUUGGAAUCAAUCCAAGAGCAACUAAGCCAGAUGGUGUCUAUAAUCAUCUGCUCUGUCUGGCUUCUAGGGCAAAAAAGCAUCUGUAUAUUCUGAAGGUUUCUGACUGA